AUGUCGACAUUUCUUCGUUUAUUCUUUAUGUAUUUAAUGGCUACUUUAUAUAUCAUUGCUGGCAUUUUUCACUUUUUAACACCAAAUUUUUAUCUUUCGAUUAUGCCACGUUAUAUGACAUAUCAUCUUGAACUUGUUUAUUUAUCAGGUGUAUGCGAGAUUAUUUGUGGUUUAAUGAUGUUUUUUAAACGUACACAAAGAUUAGGUGCUUGGCUUACUAUUGCCUUACUUAUUGCUGUUUAUCCAGCUAAUAUUCAAAUGACACAAGAUUUUUGGGCAAAUAAUCAUCCACAAAAAUAUGUAACAUUAGCUCGUCUUCCGUUUCAAUUUGUUUUUAUAUGGUGGGCAUAUCAAUAUACAAAACCGAUUCAACAUUCUAAAUUAAAUUAA